GCUUGUUCGGUACAAGAAAAGUGCCAGCACCAAAGAAAAACUACAAGUUUUUCAACCUUAAAUUUGAAUGACUUUGAGUGUUUAAAAUUUCUCCCAGAACAUUUCAUUUCCCUAUGUAGGUCCCUAAUUUUAAUUUGUCCAACGGUGUAACCUUAAACAUAAAUCCGCUAACCUUCUCCACUUAUCGCCCUGCCACAGCGCGAGACCGGCUUUUUCGGCUCUCAGCUGUUGUGUUUUGCCGUGUGUUUGUUUUGAUGACAUAACAUUCUGGUGCAAGACUGAAGGAGGGCUUGGCAGUCUGCUGUUUUUGUGUGUCGUCCGGCGGUGUUUUAGUCUAAUUUAGGACAUUUUAAACAACAAUGAUGGAGAAAAUAUUGUUACGAUCAAAGUUCCGAGGAAGUUUGCUGGGUGCCCUGGUGGGCGAUUGCUGUGGAGCACCCUUUGAGGGUCAGCUGAUGGACAGUGGAACUAAGAUUGUGCUGCGAAAUAAUUUGAACAAAUUGGAGGGUCCAUUCUUUAAAGCUCCUUUCAAGAAAUACACCGAUGACACGGCAAUGACCAAGUGUGUGGCUAACACCCUGUUGGAUCCAAACGGAUAUUCGCAAAAGCUGCUCGCUAAAAAUUUCGUCUUGGAAUACUUCAAAGACCCUCGGCGUGGCUACGGCGCAGCCGUCGGAGAUGUGUUUGACAAACUUCGAAAGACAAAAAUAGCCAAUCCAGUUGGUCCCGCCGCAGAACAAUUUGGUGGCAAUGGCUCGUACGGAAAUGGUGCCGCCAUGAGGAUAGCUCCGAUUGCCCUCUAUUGCGCGAAUCGGGACAAGAGCGAGUUGAUAAAGCUGGUCCAGGAGUCUUCCCUUGUAACUCACAGCAAUACUCUGGCCAUUCAUGGAGCGGUUUUACAAGCCCUGGCGAUCCGACAGUCACUGCUGUGCGAUCCAAAGGAAAAGUUUGAUGGUUUGAGCUUCUUGCAACAAUUAAAAACCGACAUUGUUGAGCUGGAAAAGAGUAACGAUCCCGAUUUGGAUGCCCACCACAACGCGUACGAAAUCCAGUUGAGUCGCCUUCAGAACCUGCUGGAAGGUAAAAUCGAACCCAGCGAUGAAAACGUACUCAACAUGCUGGGGCACAGCGUUGAAGCGUUGCACUCAGUUCCAACUGCGUUGUUUUGCUUCCUGAAAAAUACCUCUCAGGAAGCGGAGAAGCCAUUCCGUGCCACGCUGGAAUACGCCAUAUCGCUGGGCGGUGACACCGAUACGAUUGCCAGCAUGGCGUGUGCGAUAAGCGGCGCGUACUACGGGGAGGAAGUUAUUUCCGAAAGUCUUAUCAAGCACUGUGAGGAUGCGGAAACUAUUGGCCAGCUGGCCGCUAAGCUCAGUGAGAUGUGAUUGCCUUUGGCAGAUUAGUGUCGUUUGUAAUCCUGUUUUUGUCGAAGUCUUUAAAGUCAAAAUAUAACUCCAAAUUUAAAUUCCAAAAAAGCCACUAUUUUUUGACUCUCCAAACUAUGUAAACAAACGCUUUUAUCGAAAAUAAACAAUUCUUAAAUGUUUUAAGAGGCAGUUUAUCUAAGUUUUCAAUUUAGUGGUUCCUGUUUUUCAGUACUAAUGUCACAAAUCGCUCAAUCGGUGCCGAUCAAAUCGCUUGAAUCUUCAACUCUCAAUCAAUCGUGAGCGACAACGAUUCCAGAGCUAUCACAAUCUUCAUGAUUUGCUAGGCCUACUCCGCUCGUCAACGACACUCUCACAAGAACAUGCUCAGGAGGGAGAGAAUGGGAGAGAAGCAAGCAAAAUACUCGCGCGUCACUCCGCAGCCGCAGCAAAAGCAAGCCAGAGGGGGUAUAGACAAGAUCCCAAGCCAUUUCUUGACCCCUUUUCUUGGGAGGUGCGUAUUAGCCCUUAGCCGUCAAUUUGAAGUUGGGAUGGUGUAUGUGGGCGUUACAUAAGGGUUAUCCGCUUGGCAGAAAUUUACUUUGAUGGUUCUGGUCAUUUGUUGGUCAAUUUUGCAUGCAAAAGUGGCCGAAAUUUGAGCCAAAUCCACGGAGGAGUGCUUUGUGUUAAAAUCGGGUUUCUAUUAGGAUAAAGAUUAUGACAGUUUGAACUAUUUGCUAAUUCUCAGGAAAACAUUAAUUUUUCACAAAUCCCGAAUUCUCCCCUGCUACCUUUCAACACUGCAGGUUUUAUUGAAUAGUUACCUGUUGUCUCCAGGGUGUUUUUUGUCAAAGAAAUUUGGUCGUUUAAAAUGAGCGCAGCUAAAUUCACACUAUUACAUUUUAUUGACACAAAAUCCAUUCACAUUUUAAAGUGUUAUGCAGUGCGGAUUCUCCUUUUCAAAUUUGCAUUCAAAUGUCAAAAACAGAACAGAGUGGAUUCGCUAAUUCGAAAGGAACUGCUUUCGAAUGACCGAAUCCGAAUUCGCUAAUUAUAAAAAACUGACAGCUGUCAAAAGCUUGGAAAUCGUUAAACAAUAAGGUUAAAAUGUCAUUAACAGUUUGGCAACUGGUUUUGACGUUCGAGCGUAUUUUAGGUAGAAAACGUUCCUUAUUAUUAUUCGAAUUAAUGGACAAUGUCCACUGGACAUACGAAGCAGCGACUUUCGAAUUAAUGAAUCCGCUCUGUAGCCAAAUGUUGAUUACAUUUCAACCCCAUUGGAAAAAUAGUGAAGUAAUUUAAAAAGAUUUCAGUAGUGCAUUAUGUGGCUUGUAACUUUUAGAUAGAAUCAACUUAGAAUCCCUGCACACAUCCCUGUUAUGAUCAAAAUAUCUGAGAUCAGGCCUUUAAAAAGUAAACAAAUAAAAACUUAAAGACUUAUGACUUUUGUUAGGAUUAUUAGAUCUUCAAUCUUUUGGAAGGGACUUUUACCUUUCUUAAAAGGUAUAACAUGACGGGUUUUCAUACAAAAAUUACUCUUUUAGCAUAACUUUUGAAGUACUUUCCAAAACUUUAUAAUUUUUAAUAUGGAAUUAUGGGACCUCAAGACGGAUCGAAUGAAAUCAAAACAGUCAAAAUCGGUGAAGUCAGUGCCGAGAAAAUCUAGUGACAAUUUUUGAGGUGAGUCUAAGAAAUCGUAUUAAGAAGUUCAUUUUUCGUGGGAUUUUAUAGCCUUUCCCCAAUAAGAUGAGGAAGGCAAAAAGGAUUGAACAUUGCCUUCUUCAGCUAAUGAGAACUCGUCAAAACUUUCUGCAAAGUUUUCCACGACACUGUCCCAAAACUGAUACCGAUAGCCCGCGGAUCAGGCACUCGCUUCUGUUCGAUGUUGACUCUUUUUUGUCGCUAUUUGAUUUCCAGGAAAACUGCUGAAAUCCACGAAUACAGGACAAACAGUUGGAGAGAAAAGCUUAAAGGUGACUCAGGGUCGUUUGAUAGCAUAAUCUGUCUUUUAAUUUACGACAUCCCAUCAGAGUUUCCAAAGAGAAGGGGAAGGGGAAGAGUUGACUGAUUUUGUCUGGUUCGCUGGUUGGUUGGUUGGAUGGUAAUGAACGAGUUGUGGAUAAAGCAAGAUCAAAGGGAGCACCGGCAGCCCUUUUUAAAUGCCGGUUGGCGCCGUGUUAUAACGAUAAUGAUGAUGGGGCGAUAGCGGAGAUUAUGGAUACUAACUCGGAUAGUAAUGUUUUUAGUGCGAUUCCGAACCAAAAGUGGUUCACGUUUCAUUGGAUCCCUUUGAUGGAGCAGCAGCUGAAAAGGGCAAAAAUGUUGAAAAGAUGAAGAAAAAUCCUGGUUGCAUAUAGUGUUGACAUGUCUCACCUUUUUCUCAUUGCAUUAGGAAAAUAGAUUUUAUUGACGUGUUAGAAGAAAACAAUGAAGCAAAACGCAGAAAAAUAUAAUUGUACUCUCAUCUGUUAUCAUACACAUAAAACCAUGAAUAAACAACCCAAGAUAUAAAAUGACAUUGUAGGAUACGACUAAAAUAAUCCGAUUAAAAUCGUUGAGAACAUCAUGAACACAUUAAACGCUAAAUCUACAGCCCAGUUGAGCUUGAGUUGACGAUAAAAAGAAUAAAAAAUGAAUGUACAAGUGUUUAUUCCAUGACAUAUGAUGUGCGAAAAAUAUAUUUGUACAAUAAAAUAGUU